ACUUUACCUCACAGACAUAAGUAGAGAAAUCCUCGUCCUUUACUGCGCUAUCUGUUUGAAUCGAGGAUAUUGAAUCUCCGAAGGGACCCGCAUCGGCCAUCCGACCGAAGCAAGGAAGGAAGGAGAAACACGGGGAACGGGGAAAGACCACCUUGGUCGCCACGUUGACCCUAACUUAACUCUUCUCUCUUUACUAUUACUCCAUCACUUUCUCAUCCUCCCAUAAGUGGUAUCUCCUCGAUCCUUUCCACUUUCUCCCAUUCUGACACUCCAUACGACAUCUUAAGUAUUGAGUGUGGAUCGAAGAAGAUAUCUUUUGACAGGGUGGAUGAGUCAGUAGUGGCAAACCAUCGGCGGAAUAAGGUCUUCAACCCUCAUUCCAACAUCUUUUCGACCCCUUUGUCUCACUCCAUCGCAUUUUUACACUUUACCUCUAUCCACUUUCUCUCAUUAUGGAUUUCUUCUCUCCUUCUCUCACAGCCUCUUCUUCCACCACUUCAGCCGUCUCUCAGUCAUCGCCUCCCAACCAGCCUGACAACAUGGACGAUCCGAUGAGUCCACUGGAUUUUUUCAACUUUUCUUCUUUCGAUGAGAACGAGACCGAGAAUGAGGCAUCUACAACUGCUCACUCGCCAACGACGAUAUCUCCCAACCACACUCCCUCCCCUCUCCCGGGUACAUUCUCACCCCUCGUCGUCGCGGGUACAGGGGAAUACGAAGAUUUCGACUUCGACAUGGGUCUCGGUAAACUGGUCGAUAUGAACACAACGGAACAUAUUCCCUUGAUCAAGACAGAACCCAUCGACCAUACUUGGACAGUGGGUUCGAUCAGUGAUAGUCCUGUCGCCACCCAGCCUAUGGCAUUGGCUGUCCCUCAAGUAGAAACAGAGCCUAUCAUUUCGGUGCCGGCUGAUCUCCCACUUGAUCGUCUUACCCCCGAACAACAAUUAUUAUUCUCUCAAGUCUUUCUCAAUGCACUCACCACAUAUGCGAAGACCAUUAGUAAGACUACUGGUGACACAGUAUCCCCGCCGAUGACUGUCAACCCAGCUAUGUUGUCUUCAUCAUCAUCGUUCGACCCACAAUUCCCACUAUCGAUCAAUGCGUCGUCGUCAUCCAGUGUUAGUCCUUCAAUCAACGACCAGCCGUCGUCAGCCUCCCUUCUCUCAGCCCCCAUUUUGGCCCCCAUGCCUUCGCCUCGAGCUGGUCCGUCUCGUCUCGAGCCUAGCCCAUCAGGCGAACCACGUGAUUACCACCGCGAGGCCAGCCCUCCCUUGCGAGAAGUACGUCAAGGCUCCACGUUUAGUUCCAUUGAAGAUAUCGAGGCCAAGAUCGACCGCCUCAUGCCGUCUUCGGAUAUCUUUAACUCGGGGCGUGGAAAGGGGGGAAAGAAAGGUGGCGGUGUCUCGAGUGUCGUACGUGCCGACGACGAAGAGUUGAACGAUGAUGACUCGUGGCGACCCUCAAAGGAAGAGUAUGAAAAGCUUGGUUCCAAGGAGAAAAGACAACUACGCAACAAGCUAUCCGCUCGUGCUUUCCGGAACAGGAAAAACGAAUACGUUGGCAGGCUCGAGACCCAUUUGAGGGACAGGGAUGCAAUCAUUGAGGACAUGAGAGCCGAGUUGGUCAACAGUAAGACGGAGAACAUGGAUCUUCGUCGCGAGCUCGAGGCUCUUAAACAAAGCACUAUGACCAUCCUUCACCCUGAAUCUGCUCAAGAGCUCACUCCCGUUCCCCCGCUCAUGGCAGCGUUCGCUAAAACCCCUUUGCCUCUAUCCUCUUCCGGUCAUGUACCAAAGCGAACUUCCACUCCCACCAUCAAUACCCGCAAAGACCUCUCGAGUUCUGCCCGUGGGUUCUGGGGUGGUGCCGAGAGCAAUAUGUUCGGAGGUGGAUCAACGAUCUGUCAUCAUUUGUUCACACCCGAUCUCGUUCUACCGGAAUCUGACAUGUCUGCCGGUACACCAGCUGCUUUCACCUCUUCUAAAUCCAAGACUCCACUCAAGUCUAUGGUCGACAUGCCGCGAAUCAACCUCAAUCCCGCACUUGAUGUUGCCGACGUCCGUGGUUUCGACUUGCGCGGUUUAGGCAAAGGAGGUGACUUGACGACAACCUUCCACGAAUGGACAGAAGACAAUGCCUUUUCUCUCCGUUCAUUAAACGACUACAACGAGCAGCUCUGGAGACGUUCGGUCCGUGAGGCAGCGCAUGAAAAAGCCAACGUACCUCUUCACUUGCGUCCCAAGUUUUACGUCGAGGAGAAGGUCUCGUCACGUCCUUCGACCCCGUCUCAAUCCGGUCGCUCUUCUCCUACUUCCACUAAGAGUGUGGCAGGCAAGAUUGCUUCCUCUUUCUGGACGACUUUCGAAGGUCCCAAGAACACGGAGUCACUGACUGCGUAUGUCACUGGUGCCACUCGACUGAAGAACCUACCCAAGGUGGAAGAGUUCAACGAGAAGGCUUCACUCGUGGGGUCGACUAAAGCUAAAGAAGCGUCAGCCGCCGCGGAUGCCUUGAGUGCAGCUAUGGGAAGUUUAAAGUUGGUAACUGGGACAGGUGGACGUUUGGACAAUUUUAGUGCGAGGGAGAACCCUUUGGGAACGCUUUCGACUUUUUUCAAACAUGCCGCUACUCCUACAAGAGCGUAGUGGUGAAGUAAAUCAAACUGAAUCGGAGUUUUUGGAGAGACGUUUAGAGACAAUAUAUGAUGGAUAUGAUGAUGAUAGUAUGGGUGAAAUGAUGAGAAGAUAAUGGAAUGAUGGUGGAAUAUUAUCGGAUGGACGUUUGAAGAGACACAGAAGAGAAGAUAUAUAUAUCAGAAGAGGAACUUUUUUAAGGGAUAUUUUGACAACCGCUCGAGAACAACAUUUGUAUGUGUAUAUAGAUCCAUGUACGAGUUGUUUUAUUG